AUGAGGCUAUUAGUGAGCUGUGUAGAUAGUGGUGCCAUAAAGGAAAUUUUGUGCAAUAUUGGGACUGAUACUUCCAUCAAAACAGCGUCACAACCAUUUCAUGUCGCACCACAUCUAGCUAAAGGAUUAAAAGCUCAUGUUGGUAGAAUAUGGAUGAUAUCUAAAGAUGAAGUCCUGUUGGCAAGAAAUUCAGGGGUUGUUGAACUUGUGAAAAUCUCAAAGCAUGUCAAAAAAAAUGAAGCCCUUCAAGCUGAUCCAAAAGAAGAAAAUCAAAAUGAAAAAGAUCUUUUCGAUGUUCUACCCAAGUUUGAUAUAUCCGAAUUUGAAAUUACCGACUCGAUUACAAAUCUUCUAGAUGAUUCCAAACUUGAGUUAUUCUCAAAAAAAUCUGUUAAAAGAACCAAGUUGGUGGAUGAAUUUGUCACAUUAUGUCCCAUAAAAAAGGAUACAUUAAAUAACACUUUCGUAGCUGCUACUAGAUCCGGAUUACUGCAUGUUAUAAAAAAAGAAAAUGGCGGAAAGCUAACAAAGGUGACAUCUCUCGAGGUUAAAGCACCAGUAGAGUUUCUCCAGCUAUACGAUCUAGAAGAUGCCGAUAAUGAUAGAGUUUUAUUUGCAUAUGGUGGGGAAGAGAAUCUGGUAAAAUUAGUGGAAAUGGAAUCAGACUUCAAAUCUCUGAAGCAAAUAUGGGAAGCUAAAAACGUUAAGAACGACAGAUUGGAUAUGAGAGUUCCGGUGUGGCCCAUGGCUUUGAAAUUUCUGAAACCGUCCCCCAACGAAACUGAUAAAGGAAAGCUGAACUAUCAAUUUUCUGCUAUAACACGUUGGUCUCACCUAAUCAAGUACAGCACGCAGCAUGGUAGGAAACCAUUAGCCCAGAUAGAUCUAUUGCCUAAGCGGGAAGCAUUAUCUCAGAUGGAAUUUUUUGAUAUCAACGGAGAGAAUGUUGCAUCUUCCUUAGGGAACUUGCAAUCUAGAACCUUUGAUGAGUUGAAUGUAAUUACUACUGAUUACAAAAGGAAUGUUUUUAAAUUUGACGGGAAUGGACGGAUGCUAGGUAAGAUAGGUAAAGAUGAUAUUACCGGUACAUCCACUUAUAUUAAUGUACAUGACGGCAAAUACCUCCUGCAAGGUGGUCUAGAUAGGUACGUUCGCGUUUUUGAUGUAAAAACUAACAAAUUGUUGGUGAAGACUUAUGUUGGUUCCCGCAUAAAUUUCAUCAUCAUGUUGGAUGAUACUGAAGUUGAAAUUCCACUAAGCCCAAGUGCCAAGGCUGCCAAAGAGAAACAAAAGAGAAAGAUUGCAGAACUUGAAGAUGACGCGGAUGAGCUUUGGGAUAGAUUGGAAGGAAAAGCAAACCUUUCUAAAGCUGGCAAGAAAAGCAAACUUAAUAUUGAAAAACUCUAA